AUGGGCAAUUUUUGUUGGUAUCAUUCAAGUCUUGAAAUUCCUAUAAUUUCUUCAACAGUAAAGCGGAUAAAUUUUCGUGAUAAGGAGGAUCUCGGGAAAAAUUCAAUCUGUGAGGGAUCAUUUUUAGUAAAAAUUAGGAAACCUUAUGAAGAAUCUUAUGAAGAACGUAUGUAG